UUAACAGACGCAUGAAAGAUCGGAGCUGCGGCAAGAUCAAGAGCGAGACAAUGCCACCGUCCUCGCACACCAAUUGGACGAGGCCGUUGCUCAAGAGCGGACAGACAAUGCAGAUGCAAGCUGCUAGGCAGCAGCCGACGACGGUAACAAUGGCGACGACGACAUCCUCGAUGGCUAUUAGCACUGGAGCACAGAAUCAAAACAUAGCAGAACAUCCUGCGACACCGCUUGACAAGAGAAUCAAAGUAGUCCUCGUGGGCGACGGUGCGGUCGGAAAAACCAGCUUGGUGGUCUCGUACUCCACCAAUGGUUUUCCUGGGGAAUAUGUGCCAACUGCAUUUGACAAUUACAACGUGGUUGUAAAUGUCGAUGGACAACCAUUGAAUGUCCAGUUAUGUGAUACAGCAGGCCAGGAUGACUUUGACCCUCUGAGAUCGUUGUGCUACCCUGAGACAGAUGUGUUCCUAGUUUGCUUCAGUGUUGUAUGUCCCUCGUCUUACCACAGUGUGGCUUCCAGAUGGAUCAAUGAAGUGCGAAAAUACUGUCCUAAUGCUCCAAUCAUUUUGGUGGGGACAAAAAGCGACUUAAGAUCGGACGUACGUUUGAUGCUGCAAUUGGCGCGAUAUGGACAAUCAGCGAUUACUACUAUUCAGGGGCAUCAAUUGGCGCAAAGACUAGGCGCCGUCAAUUAUGUAGAGACAUCUGCAUUAACGCAACAUGACCUCAAAGAGGCCUUCGAUCAGGCGAUAGUCAGUGCCCUCAAUACACGACGCGGAGGCGCCAAUUUACUAUAUCGGCGUAGGAAGCCGCCCCCGUUGUGGCGUAGAUGGUUGUGUUGCUGGGAACGGCCAUCUUCGAGCGAGACCUAAACAAUCCCUACUUUAAGUGAUAGAACUCUAUACUUCUUUAGAAUCCCUCUGUGAUCAUAGGCGGUCGCUCUCCUUUCUGUCAGAAUCGUCAUCCCUCAGCACGGCAUACUUGGUAGCUAGCUUGGUUGAGGAUUAUAUAAGAAUAGGGCAGCUAUUACUUUGUUAUUUAGAUUUUAGACAGGACGAUUAUUAAUAGAUACUCGCGUGAAUGAGAGUCGAGAGCAACCCUGUAGUUGAUGCAUACACGUGAUACUUAAUAUAGUUCACUCAUUUCCGUGCAUCAUUUAACACGCAAUUUUAUAUAUAUCUUAAAUAUUUAAUUUUUUACGCAUUUCACGAACUAGCAAACUGCCAGAACAAAAUGUCAAAAUACGAUGUUAGUUAGUAAAGCCAUCAGAAAUAACGAUGCCUAAUUCAAAGGAAAAAAAGGAUUCGUAAUCAAGGGUUGCUCGGCAAUAUUGCAGUACAGUUUAUAAAUAUAUGAGUGACUUCGUCGAGAGUAAACGUUAAUCAAAUUAACAAUUCCGACAGACGGAGCAAGCGAGUGCCGCCCUCGUAAAAUUCCUGAAGCCGCACGGCGUAAUUUAUUGUAAUAUUAAUCAUAUUAAUCAUUAUUUUUGUUACUAGCAUAAUAAUUGGCUACUCGUUGGUUGUGAUUUUUCGUGUACGUAAUAUCCUUGUUUCGUCACGGUAAAGAUCGGUUGUUUCCCAUUUUUCCCCCUUUUUCCAUCAAGGAUAUUAGGUGGCUUUUAUUGCGACCACCAUAGCAUAUAACAAUUGUAUAUUUUUUACUUGUUGCA